UGAUCCACGUGAUCUUGAAGACCUUUCUGCACAGAAAUGAGGGAAAUACAAAGAACCAAAUACAGUUCUGAAAUUUGGGAUCUAUAUUUUGAGAUGAUUUUAUUUUCAGAAUGAGAAGUAUAUCUGGUUACCUUUAUGAACGUAGAAGCAGGAGAAGAGAGUUAUGAUGGCAAAAAACAAAGAGCCUCAUCCCCCAUCCUAUACUAUCAGUGUAGUUGGACUCUCUGGGACUGAAAAAGACAAAGGUAACUGUGGAGUUGGAAAGUCUUGUUUGUGCAAUAGAUUUGUACGCUCAAAAGCAGAUGAAUAUUAUCCAGAGCAUACUUCUGUGCUUAGCACCAUUGACUUUGGAGGACGAGUUGUAAACAAUGAUCACUUCUUGUACUGGGGUGACAUAACACAAAAUGGUGAAGAUGGAGUAGAAUGCAAAAUACAUGUCAUCGAGCAAACAGAAUUCAUUGAUGAUCAGACUUUCUUGCCUCAUCGUACGAAUUUGCAACCAUAUAUAAAACGUGCAGCUGCCUCUAAAUUACAGUCAGCAGAAAAACUCAUGUACAUUUGCACUGAUCAGCUAGGCUUGGAGCAAGACUUUGAACAGAAGCAAAUGCCUGAAGGGAAGCUCAGUGUAGAUGGAUUUUUAUUGUGCAUUGAUGUAAGUCAGGGAUGCAAUAGAAAGUUUGAUGAUCAACUUAAAUUUGUGAAUAACCUUUUUGUCCAGCUAUCAAAAUCAAAAAAACCUGUAAUAAUAGCAGCAACUAAAUGUGAUGAAUGUGUGGAUCACUAUCUUAGAGAAGUUCAGGCAUUUGCUUCAAACAAAAAGAACCUUCUUGUAGUAGAAACAUCAGCACGAUUUAAUGUCAACAUUGAGACAUGUUUCACUGCACUGAUACAAAUGUUGGAUAAAACUCGUGGAAAACCUAAAAUUAUUCCCUAUCUGGAUGCUUAUAAAACACAGAGACAACUUGUUGUAACAGCAACAGAUAAGUUUGAAAAACUUGUGCAGACUGUGAGAGUUUAUCAUGUAACUUGGAAAAGUGUUAGUAAUAAAUUAAAAAAUCAUCCUGACUAUGAAGAAUACAUCAACUUAGAAGGAACAAGAAAGGCCAGAAAUACAUUCUCAAAACAUAUAGAACUUAAACAGGAACAUAUAAGAAAAAGGAGAGAAGAAUAUAUCAAUACUUUACCAAGAGCUUUUAAUACACUUUUGCCAAAUCUAGAAGAGAUUGAACAUUUGAAUUGGUCAGAAGCUUUGAAGUUAAUGGAAAAAAGAACAGAUUUCCAGUUAUGUUUUGUGGUGCUAAAAAAAACACCUUGGGAUAAAACUGACCAUAUAGACAAAAUUAAUGAUAGACAGAUCCCAUUUGACCUCUUGAGUACUUUAGAAGCUGAAAAAGCCUAUCAAAACCAUGUACAACAUCUAAUACCAGAGAAGAGGAGGGUAGAGAUGAAGGAAAAUUUCAAAAAGACCUUGGAAAAAAUUCAGUUUAUGUCACCUGGGCAGCCAUGGGAGGAAGUUAUGUGCUUUGUUAUGGAAGAUGAAGCUUUCAAAUAUAUCACUGAGACAGAUAGCAAAGAGGUAUAUGGUAGGCAUCAGCGAGAAAUAGUUGAAAAAGCCAAAGAAGAGUUUCAGGAAAUGCUCUUUGAACAUUCUGAACUUUUUUAUGAUUUAGAUCUUAAUGCAACACCAAGUUCAGAUAAAAUGAGUGAAAUUCACACAGUUCUGAGUGAAGAACCUAGAUAUAAAGCUUUACAGAAACUUGCACCUGAUAGGGAAUCGCUUCUACUUAAGCAUAUAGGAUUUGUUUAUCAUCCCACUAAAGAAACAUGUCUUAGUGGCCUAAAUUGUACAGAUAUUAAAGUGGAGCAGGUACUUGCCAGUAGAAUUUUGCAGUUGGAUCAUGGCCGUUCACGGUUGUAUCAUGAUAGUACCAAUAUAGAUAAAGUUAACCUUUUCAUUUUAGGGAAAGAUGGCCUUGCUCAAGAACUGGCAAAUGAAAUAAGGACACAAUCUACUGAUGACGAGUAUGCCUUAGAUGGAAAAAUUUAUGAACUUGAUCUUCGGCCAGUUGAUGCCAAAUCGCCUUACUUUUUAAGUCAGUUGUGGACUGCUGCCUUUAAGCCUCAUGGGUGCUUCUGUGUAUUUAAUUCCAUUGAGUCACUGAGUUUUAUCGGGGAAUUUAUUGGAAAAAUAAGAACUGAAACUUCUCAGAUCAGAAAAGACAACUAUAUGGCUAAUCUUCUUACAUUAAUUCUGGCUAAUCAGAGAGAUUCCAUCAGUGAGAAUCUGCCAAUUCUUAGGCACCAAGGGCAGCAAUUGGCAAAUAAGUUACAGUGUCCUUUUGUAGAUGUACCUGCUGGGACAUACCCUCAUAAAUUUAAUGAAACCCAAAUAAAGCAAGCCCUCAGAGGAGUAUUAGAAUCAGUUAAACACAAUUUGGAUGUGGUGAGCCCAGUUCCUACCAAUAAGGAUGCAUCAGAAGCUGACUUGAGAAUUGUGAUGUGCAUGUGUGGUGAUCCAUUUAGUGUGGAUCUUAUUCUUUCACCCUUCCUUGAUUCUCAUUCUUGCAGUGCUGUUCAAGCUGGACAGAAUAAUUCCCUAAUGCUUGAUAAAAUCAUUGGUGAAAAAAGGAGGCAAAUACAGACCGCGAUAUUAUCAUACCACUCCUCAAUUGGAGUGAGAAAAGAUGAGCUGGUUCAUGGGUAUAUAUUAGUUUACUCUGCCAAACGGAAAGCGUCAACGGGAACGCUUCGAGCAUUUCUUUCAGAAGUUCAGGACACUAUUCCUGUACAACUGGUGGCAGUUACUGACAGCCAAGCAGAUUUUUUUGAAAAUGAGGCUAUCAAAGAGUUAAUGACUGAAGGAGAACACAUUGCAACUGAGAUCACUGCUAAAUUUACAGCAUUGUAUUCUUUAUCUCAGUAUCAUCGGCAAACUGAGGUCUUUACAUUGUUUUUCAGUGAUGUUCUAGAGAAAAAAAAUAUGAUAGAAAAUUCCUAUUUGUCUGAUAGUACAAGGGAAUCAACCCAUCAAAGUGAAGAUGUUUUUCUACCAUCUCCCAGAGACUGUUAUCCCUAUAACAACUACCCUGAUUCAGAUGAUGACGCAGAAGCACCACCUCCUUACAGUCCUAUUGGGGAUGAUGUACAGUUGCUUCCAACACCCAGUGACCAGUCUAGAUACAGGUUAGAUUUGGAAGGAAAUGAAUACCCUGUUCAUAGCACCCCAAACUGUCAUGACCAUGAACGCAACCAAAGAUAUAUCAUUAGGAAAAAAAGAAAAAUGAUUUCUGAUCUUUUCUUACCUGUCCAGUCUUCUCAGAAAAAGAAAACUAAGAACUUCAAUCCACCAACACGUAGAAAUUGGGAAAGUAAUUACUUUGGGAUGCCCCUCCAGGAUCUGGUUACAGCUGAGAAGCCCAUACCACUAUUUGUUGAAAAGUGUGUGGCAUUUAUUGAAGAUAUAGGGUUAUGUACUGAAGGACUCUACUGUGUUAGCAGAAACAAAACUGAUCAAGACAAUAUUCAAAAGCAGUUUGAUCAAGACCAUAAUAUCAAUCUUGUAUCAGUGGAAGUAAAAGUAAAUGCUGUAGCUGGAGUUCUUAAAGUUUUCUUUGCAGAUCUGCCAGAUCCUUUAAUUCCAUAUUCUCUUCAUCCAGAACUGUUGGAAGCAGCAAAAAUCCUAGAUAAGACAGAACGUCUUCAUGCCUUGAAAGAAAUUGUUUAAAAAUUUCAUCCUGUAAACUAUGAUGUAUUUAGAUAUAUAAUAACACAUCUUAACAGGAUGAGCCAGCAAAAUAAAAUCAACCUCAUGACAGCAGACAACUUGUCCAUCUGCUUUUGGCCAACCUUGAUGAGACCUGAUUUUGAAAAUCGAGAGUUUCUGUCUACCACCAAGAUACAUCAAUCUGUUGUUGAAACAUUCAUUCAACAGUGUCAGUUUUUCUUUUACAAUGGAGAAAUUGUUGAAACUGUGAACACUGUGGCUCCACCACCUUCAAAUCCAGGACAGUUGGUGGAACCAAUGGUACCGCUUCAGUUACCGCCACCACUGCAACCUCAGCUAAUACAACCACGAUUACAGACAGAUCCUCUUGGAAUUAUAUAA